AAUGGUCGUUGUUAGUUGAAAAUAUCUAUAGACUUCUUACAUUUUAUGCUUCAGUUAAUAAGCAAUGAAGAAGGAGAAUAAGUCCAGCUAUUCCUGCCUCCUGGUUGUUGCUAUUUUAUUCAGAGCUGCAGAGACUGUUCCAGCCUACGUGAAUCUAUUCUAUUUCAACACUACUAGCAACAGCACUGUGACCGAGCAAUGUGAAUGUGGUGUGUAUGGAGCAAACUCUCCUCUGGGUAUGGCAACGGGGCUGGUGGGCAUUCCUAAAUCUGCUAACCUUCAAGCCUGUGAAUCUAACACGGAGUUCACUGUCACGGAAGCGCCAUGGAUUGCGUUGAUUGAAAGAGGCAAUUGCAGAUUUUCAGAAAAGAUUAAACUGGCAGCCAAAAAGGGUGCUGAAGCUGUUGUGAUCUACAAUGCCCCAGAAAGUGGCAAUUAUCUCAUCCCUAUGGCGCACACUGGGGCAAGUGACAUUGUUGCAAUUAUGAUCAGCAAUCUGAAAGGCCUGGACAUCUUACGCCGGAUUGAGAAGGGCUUUCAAGUGACUAUGGUUAUUGAAGUAGGGAAAAAGCAUGCACCCUGGAUGAAUCACUAUUCAAUCUUCUUUGUCUCAGUGUCGUUUUUCAUUGUCACAGCAGCAACUGUGGGCUACUUCAUUUUUUAUUCUGCUCGAAGAUUCAGGGUUGCAAGAGCUCAAAACAGGAGAGAGAGACAGUUAAAAGCAGAUGCCAAAAAGGCUAUUGGACAGCUACAACUGCGCACGUUAAAACAGGGGGAUAAGGAAAUUGGUCCUGAUGGCGAUAGCUGUGCAGUGUGCAUUGAAGUAUACAAACCAAAUGAUGUAGUGCGUAUUUUAACUUGCAACCAUCUCUUCCACAAGACUUGUAUUGAUCCCUGGUUGUUAGAACACAGGACAUGUCCUAUGUGCAAAUUGGACAUACUUAAAGCUUUGGGAAUUGAGGUGGAUAUAGAAGAUGGAGCAGAGUCUUUCCAGACCACGGUGUCCAAUGAAGCAUCGAAUAGAGUUUCACUUAAUGAAGAGGAUAAUCGUAGUGAGACUGCGUCCUCUGGAUAUGCUUCAGUGCAAGGAACAGAUGAGCCGACUCUAGAGGAACAUGCAUCUUCAGAGCAUGACAAUCUGCAUCUUGUAAACAAUGAGUCCCAGUCUCCAGAAGUGGAGGUCCUUCCUCACCUUGACAACCCAAGCUUUGAAACAGAUGAAACGCGCGUUCAAGAAAUCAAAUCCUGAAAAUCUGUCAAGCAAUGCGGAAUCUGAACCCUUUGUAGCAAACUGCCAGUUGUGGUCAUUAUGUACGUCAAACAGUAUAACAAAUGAACUACUCUGUAGCAGCAGUGUUGCAUUGGAAAUAUUGGGAUGAAAUGAAAUUUUUUAAUAGAUCACAAUUACAUGGUUUGAAAACUUAACCUUCUUAUUUAAACCUUUUUAUCUUCCAUAUGGAAUUUAGUGCAAGUAUUCUUCAAAUAAAACUCUCAAAGGAACAUGUGAAGAAAACCAUCUGAUUUUAACAUUGAACCAAACCUUCCUAAACCAGCCAUUCUUGUGCAGCGACAUUUCCAUUCAGCCUGUGAAAACAUACGCUGCUUUUUUAAAUAUUGUACUAAGUGGAUUCUCCUGUAGUAACUGUCUCUGUGGGGAUUGUUUGAUUUGGAGCUAAUAGGUUUAAUAUAAAGAUCAAUUUUGAUCUUGUUGUAAUAGAAAUCUGUCUGGACUUAAUUGUUUUGUGUAAAGCAAUGAUCAUGUUAACUGUCACUGCACCAAAUUAGUAGAACAGAAUUACAAACUAAAUGCCUAUCAACCUUCCCUUGCCCCCCAAAUAUUUUUGUGGAAUAUUAAACCUAUUUCAGAUGAGGUAAAGGUUCUCAUCCGUCAUAUAACGCAACAUAUAUUCCUAAACCUAUUUGAAGGGUUUUAAAUAGCAGGUCAAGUCUGACUUGCAAAUAUUGUAAAGGGAACAAUUCCAGAAGUGCUGUUUUUUGUGGGUUUUUUUUAAAUACCCUAUUCACUUUCUCAAGCUUCUAACUUGUGAAUUAAUGGACUUUUGAAUGGAAUCUGAAGGCUAUCAUAUGGCUCAGGGGUUGUCUAAAGAGCUGCAACACCAGCAAUGUUUGCUAGUCCACACUUUGUGGGAGUCUGAAAUGCUGAAGACUGUCAACUGAGAGUGAAGGUCUACAACUACUGAAUAGAACAUGGUAAGGCAACAGGUUGUAAAGAAUGCUACUGAAUAUUGAGGAGGGUGUGCAUAGUUAGCAAACUGGAUACACUUGCAAUGACUCAACUGAUUUCCUGUAAAUGAAGCUAUAAAUUGCUGAUAGUUUUCUAGUAUUUGGGGAGAGUGGAACACAAGGGUGCCUUAGUACAAAGUCUAGAGCCUCAUCCACCAAAGUUAACUAAGUACAUCUAUAAAUGCACUUUAUUUUGUGUCUUUAGUCUUUAUUCUGUGGAUUUGUUCCUAAUACUAAUGCUAACAGAGUUUAGUCUAAGGAACAGCAAUAAUUGUACUACUGUUUGAAUCUCUUGGGAGAAAACAAUGCAUUUUCUUACUUCUGUGUAGUAUGAUUAAAAAUGUUGUAAAUAUUUCAUGAUUUGUACUGAAUUCCUUUGAAUAUGAAAAUGUAAAUAAAACUAUAUUCAAAUG